AUGGCGACCGAAGAAGCCAUUGCUGCAGGCCUCAUUGACUGGGUCAACAGCCUCGCUGUCGCCCCUCCAGUGUACACCGUAGAAGAUCUCAGCAACGGACAUGUCGUAUGGAAAGUUUUGCAUCAAAUCGACCGCUUCAGUUUUUCCGGCAAACUCCCUGAAGGCCCAGAUACUGAUCAAUGGAUCAACAAGUGGACCAACCUCAAACACAUUUACGAUGCCUUGUCCAUCUUCCUGCUCGAAGACUGCGGUCAGAGACUCCAGGGCCACCGCCCCGACCUCAAGGCAAUCGCUCAAUCAUCCUCCCUACCAGACACUAUCUCCCUCCUCAAACUCCUUGUCGUUGCCGCCAUCAAUUGCUCCGAACGUAUCGACUUCCUCAAACAGAUGCAACUAUUGACCGAAUCCACCCAGGAAGUCUUGAUGCAGACCGUUCAAGAAGCUGGAGAUGAGGAUUCCCAAGACGAAUCGACCCCCUCUGACCACGACCAACAAGUCCAGCCUGGACCAGACAACCUGACUUCGCCGCGCCACUCCACCGAUCUCGACUCAGUCCUCGCAUCCGAAGAACGCCUUGCAAGGGUCGUGGCCGACAAUCAGCGCAUCGCCCACGAAAAACGAGAGUUGCAAAAGCAGCUGGAAGAGUUCCACCUGCGGUACGACAAACUCCAAGAGCGCUUUGAUCAGGCUCAAGAUGAGGUCAAAGAAACAUCGGAUCGCCUUGCUGCCGUGUUGGCCGGUCGCGGUGAUCUCACUAACCGACCCCUCGAUACGAAACACGAUACUCUGAUCGCAUCUCUCGAGCACAGAGCCGUCGAGGCUGAAUCCGAACUCGAAGACCUCCGGAAAGCCGCCGAGGUACUGAGACUGAAGGCCGAGAAGGCUCAAAAGCUGCAGGAUGAUUACGAUGAAAUCAAAAUCGAUCGUGACAGAUUGGCCCGCAAAGCCAAUACGGCAGAAAAGUAUCGCCAAAAGCUAGAGGCAAGUCAGGACCUAGAAAAAGACAAUGCCACCCUACGCAACAAAAUUAAUGAUCUACAAACCCAACUCAAACAGUCUGACUUUGCUCGAGCGACAUCGAGUGAUUUGGAGAGAGAGGUCGAUGAGUAUCGACGACUUCUUCCCAGCAUCGAGCAAGAGCGCCACGAACUUAAUGAGAUGAAAAAGAGACUCGAGUUGGACUACCACGCCCUCGAGGCGAGGUACCUCGAUCAAGCCGAACAGCUUAGCAGACAAAACCAAAACGUGGAAGACUUGCAGUCGAGACUACGAGACUACGAGGAUGGCAUCGAUCCUUCCGAUAAUGACCAGCGCCUACCGAGCCCCGUCCAUCGCGAUCUGGAGAGAGAUGAAGCCGACUUUCUCGAGUCGGAAGCCCGUCUCACUGCCGCCUUACUGGACAAGGACACGCUACCAAUCCCUCUAGAACCUCCCUUGGCUACUACCGUGUCAGCUGAUGCAGAUGAAUCCGCCGUCCCAACACUCAAUCUCCCCGCCGAGUCAGACACGAUCUCCGAAGAAGAGCUCAAAGCCAUCAUGUCGGCGAUGCGCUCCCAAGCUGCAGCAGGGUCUGCUUCGGACCGGGAGUCGGCUCUCUCUGCGCAGAGGAAACUAGUCAUUGCUAUCGAACGGCAACGUACCAAGAACAAGCUCCUAGCGGAGCACAUCCAGAAAAUGAAUGUUAUGGUCCAAGAGCUCCAGCAACAACAAAACAAGCCACAAGACGACAGUCCUCCACCCCCUCCACCGAAGGACGACCCAGUGCCACCAACUGUCCAAGCAACCAAUGACCCACAGUCUCAUUACGAGGUGGAUGAUUUGACCCAGCAGAAUCAGAUGCUGAGUCGUGAACUUCGCCUUAUGGCAUCAGCAUGGUUUGAGCAAAAUCAGCGCCUGGCCAGCAUGAGUUCUGCGGGGUCAUCCGCCAGAGGCCGUGGAGGAGUGGGAUUCGGCAACGGCACCGAACCCCGCGGAUUUCUAAACAGGCAGAGGCGGAAGAUUGAGUUGAUUAGUCUAGGGCGGUGA